CUAGUUGAUAGGACACUGCCAGGAUGACUUCACUCAGCAACACAAGCAGCUCCAGACUGCAGCAGGAGAACAUUUCUGCCUUUAUUAGAGGAUUCUAGUGACCAAAGAGACAACAAAACAACAGAAGGUAAGGUCGGAUCCUCUCCACACCCAUUCAGCCAACAUGAUGCGUAAGCUGGUCAAAUCAAAAAUGGCCGUUUCUGUCCUGCUGUACGUGACGGUGGUGGCCGUGUUCCUCAUCCACUCACUGGACAUCUCCCUGCCCAUCGACAACCUCUGGGAGUCUCGCGUCUGCGCCUGCCGCAAAUGCUUGACGGACGGAGACCCCUGGUUCCAGCAGCUGAUCGGCAUGUCGCCGCAACCCUUUCUGUCUAAAGACCACAGCAUCUCAGAGGAUGAUUUCAAAUGGUGGAAGCAUUUACAGGGGGAAAAACGCAACUUCACUUUCUACAACAGCACCUUGGACGAGCUGUUCCAGGUCAUCCCGCCCGUCCCGGGUGUGGUCGGACCGAGUCCCCGCCGCUGCAGGACCUGUGCCGUGGUGGGGAAUUCUGGGAAUCUGCUGGGAUCGCAUUAUGGCUCUCUGAUAGAUUCACACGACAUCGUUAUAAGAAUGAAUCGGGGUCGAACCGAAGGCUACGAAGCGGAUGUUGGAAGUAAAACCACUCAUCGUGUCAUCUAUCCGGAGAGCGCCACUCAGCUGGGAAACACCACCAGACUUGUGUUUUUCCCAUUCAAGAUGUUCGAUUUACUGUGGCUCCAAAAGAUAUUUACCCCAGCUUUUAAAAGCAGGAUAGCCAACAAAGAUCUGACGAUGAUCCUCAAUCCAGCUUUCAUGAGGUACGUUCAUGAUGUGUGGCUGGAGAAGAAGGGCCGGUAUCCGUCCACGGGCUUCAUGACGGUCGCUCUCAGCUUGCAGAUCUGUGACGAGGUUAAUGUUUUUGGAUUUGGAGCCGACAGAGAUGGGAACUGGAACCAUUACUUUGAAAAACUGAAAAAUACAAGACUGAGAACAGGACCUCACCCUGGACAGCAGGAAUACCAAAUCAUUCAGGAAUUACACAACAAACAGAAAAUUCAAUUUUUUGUCCCACAGUAGUUCAUAUUCCAGAUGGUUUGUGUCAAGUAGUGUAUUUCUGUUAUUUAUCCACAGUGAUCUUAAGCUUCUUUUUCAUGCUGAUUCAAAAUGGGUUUUGAGUUUUAAAUAGGAAACGUGGAUUUUUAUUAUUUAUUUCAAACGGCAAAACUUGAAGAUUAGUUCCAUACUAACUGUAAUAUUUAUGUUGUUGUCAGAUACUGUAUUUCUCUACAUUGUGAUAAGUUUAAGAUGGUUUCAUAUCAGAUGUGUGACAAAAUCCAUCAGUCCAGUCUGAGUUUAUAACUGUUAAGUUAUGAACCCUUCCAGCUGUUUCAUGUCAGAGCAUGUUUUUUCAUGUAUUUUAUUUUCCUUCUAGUAACAUUAUGUGUUUGUCUCAUUUCGGUUUCAUAACAUUUUUGCAAUAAAUAUGGCUCCAGUACGACACAUCUGAUCCUUGGAGGAAGAGAUGCAGAGAAAGUUUAUCCGACUGUGAAUCUCACUGAGGAGGACAUGAGUUACUUUGGCAUCUUCACCUUCAGGCUGCCCUGAAUUUUCCUAUAGUUUGUGUCAUUUUGUACAAAAAACUGCCAUAAAAAUCAUCAAUAUUUCUUUUUUAUGAAUGAUUUCAAAAGCUUCAAACUGUCAAAGAUCCCUCCAAAUUUCUGGAUUUUAAAAUAUUUAAUGUCAUUCCCGUUCCACUGAACAUGAAGCGUAUGAUUUCUCCGUGUCCUUUUAACCCCAGGCCAUUGCUACCUGAUGGCUGCUUUGUUGUUUGAGCUUCCAUUGGCGUGGGACUUUGAGGAACAAUAAAAGGUUUAUUUAUCUUAUGUACAAACUGUGACCAGUCUAUUUGAAGUGCAUCCAAACCCCAAACAAACAGACUUCUGCUGGGCAGGAAGGAGGUGUGUCCUGCCAAUGGGAGUGCUGGCGUUGACACAAAGUCAGGAGAACGUCAUUUUAAACACCCAAACUGCCAGAACAUGUUUAAAAUAUGCUUUUUUGUUUUGUUUAUGGGUGUGGAAAUAGCUCCUAACCAAAUAUAUCUAUGUAUACCAAUAUCAAAAACUAUUUUCACUUUUCACUGCUUCAUGUUUUGAGUGCGUCACGAACACACACGGAACGACUGGUGGAUUUGUUUUAUUCUACACAAACUGACUCGUGUGUUUCAACACUUUUUGCCGAGGCAGGCGUGGUCCUGUCAGUGGCCACUUUCUGCCAUUUGGGAGUGGUGGCAUUCGCACAAUGGCAGUAGAA